UAUUUAUACCUGCAUUUCACUAGACAUGAUUAUAAAGAUAUGAUUUUAGUUUGUUAAAGUAUUGCAGGUCAUCUGAUUUCUGUAACUAAUGUUAUAUGACGACUGUAUGUUGUAAUGGUAAAUCAUCUGAUUUCUGUAACUGAUCUUAUCUGACGACUGUAUGUUGUAAUGGUAAAUCAUCUGAUUUCUUAACUGGUGUUAUCUGACGACUGUAUGUUGUACUGUCAAUGGUAUGUCUUCCUGAUAGGUUCAUACUAAAAAUACCAUCAAACAAAUGAAAUAUGGCUUCCUUGAAAGACUCAUCUAAGAGAACAAUAAACAGACCAGACACCUACUCUCCUGAUUUCUACCAACUUCAAAAUAUAUUGUUACAAGCUUCUUCAACUCCUCACUCACCACAACGAUUAGCACCUGGACAGGCCAUGGUGCACAUGUCAACAUUUAAAGACGAUAAUAACCAGACUGGUAACAUGAAUACGUUACUGGAAGCUUGUAGACAUGGUCCAGUUGCUGAUGUUAGACAUUUAAUAGAUCAGGGUACAGAUGCCAACAGUAAAGACGUACAUGGUAGAACAUGUAUCUUACUUUGUAGUACAUCACUCACUGAACCCAUUGCAAAAAUAGACUUUAUACGGUCAAAGGGAGGUAAUAUUCAAGAUAUCGAUGAUGAAAACAAUGGUAUAUUAUAUUUGGCUUGUCAUUUAGGGACGCUAGAAACAGUUCAGUAUCUUGUAAAUAUAGGGUUAGAUAUCAACACUAAAGGGUUUAGAAGUAGAUCUUGUAUAAUGGCGUGUAGUCAGUCUAAAACACAAGCAAUUGAUAAAAUAGAAUUCUUAAGGAAAAUGGGUGGCAAUAUUCAUGAUACAGAUGUACAAAAUGAUGGUAUGUUACACUUAGCUUGUACAUGGGGUACACUUGAUACUGUAAGAUAUCUAAUUGAUCAAGGCCUUCACAUCAAUACUAAAGGGGUAUGUGGAAGGACAUGUAUAUUGUUAUGUAGCGCAUCUCAAACACAGGCCAUUGAGAAAAUAGAACUAUUGAUAUCAAAGGGGGGUAAUCUUAAUGAUACAGAUAAUUACAAUGAUGGUAUGUUACACAUGGCAUGUGCUUUUGGUACAUUAGAUACGAUAAGUUAUCUGAUAGAUUUAGGGUUGUGCAUCAACAACAGAGGCGAGUAUGGUAGAACUUGUAUCUUACUGUGUAGUGGAUCUGAAAUACAAGCCAUUGAGAAAAUAGAAUUUUUAAGGUCAAAGGGGGCUAAUAUUAAUGAUAGGGAUGACGACAACAAUAGUAUUUUACACUUGGCGUGUAGAUUUGGUACAUCAGAUACUGUAAAAUAUCUGAUAGAUCUAGGGUUGGAUAUAAACGCUAAAGGUUUUUAUGGUAGUACGUGUAUCUUACAAUGUAUUGAAUCUAAAAUACAAGCCAUUGAGAAAAUAGACUUUUUAAGGUCAAAGGGGGGUAAUAUUAAUGAUAGGGAUGCUAAUAAUCGAGGUUUGUUACACCUUACUUGUGAACUCGGCACGUUAGACAUCGUUCAAUACCUAGUUAAUCUAGGACUGGAUAUAAACAGUAAAGAUGGAUCAGGAAACACGCCUGUUUCAUUAGGGUUUUGGUCUGAUAUACAAUCUCGUCAAAAAGUUGACUAUUUAAUCUCUAAAGGUGCCAAAUUGUCGAGGUUCAUGUCAUCAAUAUAUCGUAUCAGAAGAAUACUUACAUCGUAACAAUUUACAGAUUGAAACAACAUAAAAACUUACCAUUAUUGAUUUCAUGUUUCCAGCGAAUAAUAUCAUUAAUAGCUGAUUUCAUCAAGGGUUGAAGAGUAUUUACAUAUUACAGACUGACAUUAAUACUAUUGACUUGUUGGUACUGAUGUGUUAUUAAUCAUCAACUAAUGUUCAUGUAAUAAUAUCUGCUUUCAAUUAACCUGUUUGGUACUGACGUGUUAUUAAUCAUCAACUAAUGUUCAUGUAUUAAUAUCUGCUUUCAAUUAACUUGUUUGGUACUGACGUGUUAUUAAUCACCGACUAAUGUUCAUGUAAUAAUAUCUGCUUUCAAUUAACCUGUUAGGUACUGACGUGUCAUUAAUCACCGACUAAUGUUCAUGUAAUAAUAUCUCUAUUUGUUUAUAUUCCAUUCCAUUUUAUCACCAUUGAUCCAUUAUUAUUCGUGUGUUUGUAAUAUUUAACUAUCUAUAUCCAUUGUUUGUAUAUAUUAUUACCAACUGAUCUAUAAUACUGUCUAUAUGAUCUAUAAUGAACUAUAUUUGUUUUUUUAUUGUAAUCGUUACUGUUAUAUAAUUUACCUACGAUCCCAUAUUAUCCAUUAUAUCACCAUUGGACAAUUAUUAAUCAUGUGUUUGUAUUAUUCCAUUGCUUGUACAUAUUACCAACUGAUCUAUAAUCAUAUCUAUAUCAGGCUAUUAAGAGUCAUUCCAUGAGAAAACCAUGCAAAAUCUUGCAGAAUCGGGAGGAUUGGGGGUCGGCAGAUCGAGUUCAUCUCCGGAGGAUUUUAUGGACUGACUACUUCACAGCCAGAAGGGCCGAUGUCAAAAUUUCACCGUUAUUGAGAAACAGCCUCUGAAUGAUUUUUGGCCAAUUUUUCGGGUCAUUUAUGGUCAAUUUUCAGCCAGCUAUUGUGGCGAGUCUAGGGUUUGGAUGAAAAUGGUGGUGACUGGUGAUGUAAGUGGGGGUCUUCCUGUGCCCCAGUGUAAAGACCAUGAAGUCGCAUCUAUUCGCUGGGAGCAAUGAUCAGCAAAAUUGUAAGAUACGGUGAAUAAAACAGAAAAUAUACACCAGCGAAGAUUAGCUCUAUUUUCUAUGAUGCGAGGGUAGUUGAAAAUAUCGAAAUGGUUUUAUGCACAGCUCGACUCCCCCUAUCGAUAUAAGAAAUAAAAUCUGUCACCUCUCUUCAAUCAAAGCGAGUGAAUUUUCCCUAUUGUAAAUCUCUCAUUCUCUAUGAAAUGGCCUACUACUUUCAUUCAGGGUAAGCCAGCUAUCUCCGUUCCUUCACCAAAUCAUUUGCCCGUGCUCACUGGUAGCAGCUUGAAACCCCCUCGAGCAAAACUAGUCUCUUUGAUGAGGCUUGAUAUCCAAUCCAAGAUGGCCGUCCCCGAAAACGCGCAAAAUUGCUGUUUUCCUCAUGUUUGGCCAUUAAAUGUGGUAUAUAUCCCAGAUAUGACCAAGAGAAUCACUUCAUACGAUUGAAAAAAUGUACUAAGGACAUUAAUGCCCACCUUUUAGCACAUCACAUAGCAAUAAGUGAUGUGAGAACCGAAUGGGAGCUGAUUUCUUGACGAAGCUGCAUUAAAUGGAAUAUACCAAACGGAUGCAUGCUGCCACAUCUAAGGAGAAGUCAUACAAAGACCGCGUUGUGUCAACUUAUACCUAUUGGAACGGCUAAGUAAAAUAAAAUACUAUUGAAAAAACAGAGGGAAGAAAUUGUGUCUUUGAAAUAUCGGUGGAAACCCUGUGUGUGUGCUCGACCACAAUCAAAUUAGCAGGAAACAGUUGUGCGGUGAUACUCCAGUUGAUU